CAGUUAUAAUGAGAAUAUGUAUGAUUUCAUUCCUUCUGAUGAUACUGUUGUAUUCGGGAUUAUGGAUAACCCACGUGAAAGGUCAGACAUUGAGGCUACAAGGUUUGUCCUCCUCUGCUGUCAGGAAUGAGACCUUUCAGUUUACCUGUACCGUCACUGGUAGUGGCUCCUUACAAGGAGGACUGUACUUUAUAAGAGGGACAGGGGUGUCAUUUACUCCUUGUACUGUCAAUGCUGGUACCUGCAGCCAGUUCAACAAUCUUCCUGGGUACACCUGUGAGUGUGUGAGUGGACAGACCAGGGUGUUCUUCUUAAAUAUCACAUCAGUCAGUACAGAUGAUGGUGAUAUCUGGAGGUGUCAGCACCAAGGCAUUAACAGUGAAACCAUUAGCCUGGAUGUGCUAUAUGGGCCAGGUAUUACCUCAGUUCCCACAUUCAAACAAGUAAUAGAGAACGCCAGUCCUGGUAUAGACUGCAGCAGGAACAUAACAUACGGCAACCCCUCAACAACAAGCUUCAAGUGGACAGGUCCAGGAGGGUACAGCAAGGACGGGGUUGUACUUGACAGGCUUGUCAACAGGAACCAGGGAGGGAUGUACACCUGUACCGCCACCAACACUGCUGGACUGUCGGACACUUAUCAAGUCAAUGUAACCGUUCAGUACGCCCCAUCAAUAACCUCCGUACCUACUAACAAGAACGUGAUAGAGAACGCUGGUCCUGACAUAGAUUGUAGCAGUAACAUCACACCCGGCAACCCCUCAAGGACUAACUACAGGUGGACAGGUCCAGGAGGGUACAGCAAGGAUGGGGCUGUACUAGACAGGCUUGUCAACAGGAACCAGGGAGGGGUGUACACCUGUACUGCCACCAACACUGCAGGGCUGUCAGACACAGCCCAGGUCAACAUUGAUAUUCACUAUGCUCCAGCAAUAGCCUAUCUGCCUCCUUAUAACAACUUGAUAGAGAACGCUAGUCCUUACAUUGACUGCAGCAGUAACAUCUCAUCCGGCAAUCCCUCAACAACACGCUAUAGGUGGACAGGUCCAGGAGGGUACAGCAAGGAUGGGGCUGUACUAGACAGGCUUGUCAACAGGAACCAGGGAGGGAUGUACACCUGUACUGCCACCAACACUGCAGGGCUGUCUGACACAGCCCAGGUCAACAUCAAUGUACAGUAUCGUCCAAAACGAGAUAUGCAGAAGGAUUUUAGUCCAACAAUAAUUCGACAAAUCAACGACACAGCUGCCAUGAUGGCUACAGCUGCAGCCAACCCGUUGCCACAUUUCACCUGGUGGAGAUAUGAUAGCGGGCACCUGGAUAAUAUAGACGACGCUACUGACUACACUGUAUUCAGCUCAGACUUACAGACAGUCCUUAUUGUCAGGAUUGUACACUCCAGGGACUACGGGACAUAUGCACUGAGGAUGAAUAACUCCUAUGGGGAAAGUAUACUGCUGUACAGACUUUCACCAGCAAGCAGUGCUACUGGUCAGUCACAACCAGAUCGAUUCGGACAAGGGAUUGGAAUUGGAGUUGGAGUUUUGCUGCCUGUGGUACUUGUCUUAGUUGUUAUCAUUGUAUUGAUAUGGCGACGAAACCAUGAACACAUUGACACGGUUAACAAAGAUCAAACAGAAAGCAUUGAAAUACCGUCACAAGGGUAAGAUUCACAAUAUCUCUUUAAGGUAAUUUAUCAAACAAGUAGAAAGCGUCAACGCCAGAGAAUUAACAGUCUCCGUUAUCUGCAGAAACAGUUUCAAUUUGGCGUAAAAUGUAAAAUAAUGGUGAACAUGUUUAUGAAUAAGUGAGUGAGUGAGUGCUUUUACGCUGCUUUUAGCAAAAUUCCAGCAAAAUCACAGCGAGGAACACCAGAAAUGAGCUUCAAACAUUGUAGCCCGAGGGAUGGUGUCAAUCCUGCUGGGGACCAUGUAGGUAGCAGAAGUACCGUAAGUCCCCAUGGUCCCUAGUAUGG